AUGUUUUCCCCCAAAUCGUGUAAGGAGUAUCGCUCGGCCUCUGCCAAGCUGAUAAAAGAGCUGGAAAGACUAGAAUUGCGCUCACAGUCACAUCCUCACUCAGCCGAUCUGCUGAAAAGGAAACACAGAAGAAACUGCCACAGGCUGAUCUCCGUUACUUGGAACAACGGUUGGCAGAAUAAUACUAGCUCAUCACCUGUGACACUGAAUCCUCCGGACGAUGUCAAUUCAAGGGCCCUUACUGAAAGCGCCAAUCCCGGAAUGACCGAAACUUCAGUUCAACUCGGACAGGCGGAUCAAAUUUCGGUCGAAACGGCAGGGGUGGCAGGUCCUUUGGACAGAAGUGAUGACAUUACGUUUAGCAUAUGCAUCACUGAAAGAUCCGAAAGUUCGUCAUCCUACUGUUCGGACGAGAUUGAAAAAUUCGUAGAGGAGAAUCAGCAUUUGUUAGCGCUACACGAUUGUGAAGAGAGAAAGCCUUGUUGCUGUCACACUGAAAUUCUCUGUUGCUGUUCGGAUGAUUCUGAUUCGCAAAGCAGCGAACAGUCCCCUUGUUGGUGUGAGGCAGAAGAGCAGAGACGUUGCUGCUGUAGGACUACGCAAGCUGGUCGUCGGGCGUGUUCAUCCACUUCACCACGAGAACCUAAUCCCUUUAGAUUGUAUCACCUAGCCACCAAUCUGAAGAACAUAUCAACUCAGCUGGUUUAUCGACAACUCAAAACACUGUUACUUAGGCGGGUGUUACUCAAACGUGCGUUGACCGAGAGAAUUAUGGAAGACCUUUGCCGCAUACGACGCCUUGAUCUAUGA